AAGACGUAAACAUGUUGAGCAGGAAAAUCAAAAUCCUCAUGUCCAAAAACAUUCAACAUGUACUGUAAGAAAUGGUGGGAUAUAUAAAAGACGACAUAAUGACCUCAAAUCAAAAAUUAAUCGCAGGAUGUGUAUCUGGUGUUGUGACCAGAUUUUUAACACAACCACUCGAUGUAAUUAAGAUACGAACUCAAUUACAAAGAAAGACGAGCAGACGUAAGCACCGCUCCGUUUACGAAACGUCGAAAAAAGUAUUUCAUGAAGAAGGCAUUACAGCGUUUUGGCACGGUCACAAUCUAGGGCAGGUUCACUCGAUACUGUCUGCGAGUUGCCAGUUUUAUGUCUAUGAAGUGCUGAGUCAGUACGCGUUUAGUUUCUCUAUCAACCCAAAAUAUCAAAAUAUACUUGAUUUCUCAUGUGGCCUAUGUGCUGGAUGUUGUACUGCUACAUUGGUAUCACCAAUCGAAGUAAUAAGGGUCAGACAAAUGUUGGUGAAAGAACAGUACCGUGGACUUCUCAAUGGAGCGCGGGCGGUAUACAUGUCUGGAGGGAUAUUUGCUUUUUACGAAGGCUUAUCAGCAUCAGUAUUAAUGUUGGGCCCGCAAGUUGGUAUAACUUUUGCUGUCUAUGGUUUCAUUCAACCUGUAAUAAUAAAUUACCUGCGGAAAGCAGGUGAAGUGGAAACACAUUCAAGAAUACAAGCAGAACACCUGUUAGUGGCCAGUACAUUUGCUGCUUUGAUUUCUGGGUUUGUAGCCAAAGUAACGAUGUACCCUUUUGAUUUGGCUAAAAGAAGACUGCAAAUCGCUAGCCAUAGAGAAGAAAACAAAUACUUCACACCCACGACAUCAAGAAAUUUGGUCAAAUGUGUUAAUUUGGUGCAAUGCAUUACUGAUACUGUAAAAGCAGAGGGCUUCCUGGGAUUAUACCGGGGUCUUAAAGUAACUAUUUACAAAGCAGUCUCUCAAAACUUAAUAACAUUUACAACCUAUGAAAUGACUUGUUAUUGCAUAAGAGAAUUCAAAAAAAGAUAGGUUAAUAUGUAAGCAGCUGCCACUUAAUUUUAUUAAACUAAAUUAUUUAAUUCAUCUGUUAUUAACUAAUAAAGUGUUGCCAAGUUUAA